GGGUAGAUCAAGCAUGUUUUAUGACUUAAUAAUGGAAUUUUUCAGUAUUUUCUUGCGACUUGGCUGUGUGCUGCUUUCAGCUGCGUGCUUCAUAAGCUGUGUGCUGUUUUCAGCUAUGUGUUUCUUGUCUAUGAAAGUGUACGAACUACUACUUUUAGGUUUUAGUCUUUACGUUCAGUUGGGUGAUAAACUGAUUAAUGCUUUUAGUUCUUUUUUCACACUGGAUGAUUUUGACUUUGGUUAUGAAUAUGUGGUUACAACGCCAGGUAAAAGGAGUUACGUUUUGAUGAAUAAUUUGCACGAUGUUUAUCAUGAGGAGAAGUUAACUUUGGACCAUCAAUCAGAAUAUCAGCUAUCGUUAAUCGACCAUGACUGCCAUUAUGCGGACUGCUUCUCCGAUUCGAAUGAACAGUGGACCAUAUUAAAUUCGAACAUCACGUUUCUAAUUUCAGGAUCUAUGGAAAUGAAGGAGUUCAAGCGAGCGACUUUCAAUGCUCACAAUAACUACAGGACUAUGCAUGGAUGUCCUCCAUUGAUCAUGUCCGAAGAACUGAGCAGCGCAGCUCAAACCUGGGCAGAAAGAAUCGCAGAAAAGGGAUUUUUGCAAUACAGUGAAAAUCCAGGUGUUGGAGAAAAUAUUUGUCUCAUUGACUUGGAUCAGGCCUCCAAGACUGGGGAACAAAUUGUGAAUGAUUGGUAUAAAGAAAUCCAUAAUUACAACUACAAUAAACCAGGAUGGAAACGAGGUGCCUACCAUUUUUCACAGUUACUCUGGAAGAGUACUACUGAAAUUGGCGUUGGUGUUGCCAGAAUACCUGGUCAAAAUAAGGCUUUUGUGGUCGUCAAUUAUAGACCCGGUGGUAAUAACAACAUGCCUGGUGAAUUUGAAAGAAAUGUUCUUCCACCACAGAAGAAGAAAAUUUCAGACGACAAUGCUAAUUUGCGCCAAAAUAUUAAUCGACGAUGAAAAAAUGUUCUUCAAACAUUCAGUGUAUCUUAUUCUUUUCAGGAAAAAGCUGCAGGAGCAGUUGUAACCUUGGUUUUAGUUUUCCGAAAAUGUGAGGUAUUGUGUACCGAUCGGUGAUUUUAUUCUGGAAGAAUAGUCACAAAUACUUUCAACAAAUAGCAUUUUGUACAGUAUAAACUUCAUUUAUCUACCCUUCCCUAUUUCUUCCCUUCACUUCUUUUUAUAGCUUAUUGUAGGCAGCUUUAUGUGGCAAAUACUCUUCAAUUUUCCUAGCAAAUUAAUCAUUACAAGGUCUGAAGAUGUUAUGUAUAGAACUGAACUUCUUUCAUUAUAAAAACUAUCGGAAAAUGCCCGAAGAGAAAAAAAAAAGGAAUUUUAAUGUCAGUGAGCCAUCUGUGAACAGUAACUGGUUUUUAAACAAUUACAUGGAAAAAUUUUAAUUUUGGGUGAAUACGAAUUAAAUUUAAAUCUGAAUUCAAAAUCUACCGACUAAUUUGCAAUUUUCACAAAAGUUGUUAAUUUAUAUUUGUGUGCGAAGUAAAUUGUAUAUGAUAUUUGUCUUGCAAAUUUUCAAAUGAAAUUUUAGAAUUCAAAUUCUUUAUUAAUGAAAUAGUUGAAUGUGUCGCAAGGAUUGUAGACAUGUUAAGGAACUAUUAUGCGUUUAAUUUCUUAGUUCUGCAAUAUGUGUAAAAAUAACAUUCAUCUUCGCACUCUAAUUGAUACUUAUCUGUAUUUGUUAGAAGCUACAUUUAUGUAAAGUUUGUAAAUGCGUGACUUUUAUUGUAAAAUAUGUUAGAUUUCAGUGCCUGCUUGUAUUUUAGAUGAAAAAAUGCUUCCAUAUGUGAUGAGUUUGUGAAAUUUAAUAUUUUUAAAAAAUGUAUUAUAGAAAUAAAGUUAUUUUAAACAAUAA